UAUCCUCCCCCAUUUUUUGUUUUCUUCUAACCCUAAGCGGUAUCUCCACAGCAAACCCAAGUUUUCGUAAAUCAAACCCCGUUUCUCCAACUCCAAACCCGAGAUUUCUACCACAGGUGUAAUCAUCUCUCACUCUCUAACAUCUUAAUCUGUUCUUACAGUACGGCAUGUCAAGCGACAGGUAACACAGGGAUCUGGCUAUGCGGAUGAAAUCCCACCGCGAACUGCUGCUUGCACUGCUGCUAGGAGAGGUUAUGUAGAUGAAAGCUGUGAGUGAAGAUAUGAAAGGUCUCCUCCAAGUUACUGUGAUGCCCAGCCUUGUAACUAUGAAUCAGUUUCAGGGUCUAAUCGCCAAUAAUCUGCAAUGGUUAGUUUCAUUUUACAUUGGCUGGUAGUUCAGGGUUUAGUCUUGAGCAUACUUAUUGCAAUAGUUUAUUUGUUUUUUAAGCAGCCUGAUUAAUUUAUGUGCGUAUGUUACCUUACGAGGAUGUUCCGCUAUCUUAGGAGGAUGUUCCUCCACGUUAUACUGAUGCUUGUCCGCGUCAAAGGAUCGGUUUGAUUAUGGGGAAGGUGGCAGUGCUUCCCAUUACAAGGAAGCUUACAGUGACAGUGUUGUAUUGUGGUUUCGCACUAAGGUAAAAUAUAGGCGGAAAAGUUGGUUAUUUUGAAUUUCGGGUAUGAGGGCACGGCAAACUCUUCGAGAUUGUUUCUCGACGUACUCGUCAGAUGUUGAUGAAGAUAAAUUAGAUACUACAGUGCAUGUGCAGGAGACUCUAUUAAAGGAAUCGGUGAAUCCUUCGAGGAGAUUAUCUUUGCUUUCUGUACUUACAGGAGUCAUUUCUUCAUUUUUAUCUGGUUACCGUCUUGGGGUAGUGAAUGAACCACUUGAAAGUAUUUCACUGGAUCUUGGUUUUAACGGAAAUUCCCUUGCUGAAGGUCUGGUGGUGACUACAUGUCUUGGUGGUACAUUUCUUGGGUUCAUGCUCGAGAACAGAAAGCGUGGAAGGUAUGCUUCUUGGGAGGUUUCUUGUUGUAACAGGCAUGGGUUGUGUAGGUCCAUCUAUUGCUUCAGUUGUUCGGUACUCUAG